CACCUUUCCUGCCAAAGGCCUUCCUUCUCUUUGUACCUUCAGACCCCUACCCGACUCCUUAGCUCAUAUGAGCUUCAUGCUGCCUCUGUCUUCUGAAGCGCAUGUCUGGCAGUUGUCUUAAGGAAAGAGGAAAGAGCUCUCAAAUGCUCUGUCAAUUCAGGGACUCAGUAGAACAAUGGAAUACCGUUCUGAGGUAGAAAAUUUGGAUGAAGAUGGUUAUACUCGUUUAGACUUCAGCUCUCAAGCCAUCACUGGGAGACCUGUAGUCUCAGAGAAAGAAACUGGUGCUACAUCUCCUUGUUGGCGUCCCAUUGCUGUGAUCUUUGGAAUCCUUUGCUUGGUAAUACUGGUGAUAGCUGUGGUCCUGGGUACCAUGGCUACUUGGAGACCCAAUUCAGGGAGCAACCCAUUGAUGAAUGACAACUUUCCAUCAAGAAAUAAAGACAACUACAGUCAGCCCACACAAUCAUCUUUAGAAGACAGUUUGGCUUCUACCAAGGCUCUCACAACCACAGGAGUGUUUUCCACCACUUGUCCUCCUAACUGGAUCACGCACAAGAACAACUGUUAUCUAUUUAGGACGUCAUUAGCUUCCUGGAAUAGCAGUAAAAAACAGUGCUCUCAGCUGGACUCUAAUCUCCUGAAGAUAGACAGUGAAAAAGAACUGGAAUUUAUAGUGAGGCAAGUGUCUUCUCAAUCCAAUCAUUCAUUUUGGAUAGGGCUUUCUCGCCCUCAAACUGAAGGACCAUGGCUCUGGGAGGAUGGUUCGAGAUUCUCUUCUACCUUGUUUAAAAUCAGAAGCACAGAAGUUCAAGAAAACUCGUCUCACGAUUGUGUAUGGAUUCACCUAUCAAUAAUUUAUGACCAACUUUGUAGUUUGCCUUCAUACAGUAUUUGUGAGAAGAAGUUGUCAAUAAAAUGAUGAGGGUGUUGAUGUGGAAGAGCAGAGAGCAGUAGGUAACAUGUAAGAAGGGCAAAGCACAAAAAAGAGAAGAGAGAUGUCUGAGGUGAAAAUAAAUGCUAAAAAUAUUAGCCAACUUUAGUCUUAGCUGAGAAACAGUAGGGAGAGGCUGUGAUUCUAUACUUAUCCACUGUUUUGGCAGGCCAGCCUUAGGUUCUAGUUAAUAGAGUCCUAGACAUAGAGUCAGGGAAGCUGAACUUGUAUCUUCAUUCUACCACUGACUUAGUAUUAACCUGGAAUUAGCCACAAAUCCUUGGUAUUUCAAAAAGCUCUUUAUUUCUGGGCUGAUCAGAAUUAUUUUUUGUCCGUACAAAGUGCCCCUGGAGUACACCUGGUGUGUUUCCAUGAUGUUUUCCUCCACUUCUACCAGCUUAUCAGGCACAGGUGGAAGACAAAAUGUAUUUCUGAAUAGCUGAAUGAAGAAAUGAAAAAAAUAUCUUUACUACAGUCAGAGCCAUUUUAUUAUUUUGUUCAUCAAUAUAGUUAUGGUUAUGAUUAUGGUAAAAAGCAUCAUGAGAGGUGCCUAGGUGGGUCAGUCAUUCAAAGG